AUGAGGGAGGCGGUGGCCGGGAGGGAGGUGACAGGCCUGGCCGUGUGCCCCAGCUGGCUCAUCUGUAAAAUGGGAACAGCUGGGGGAAGCAGAGCCAGGGCCAGGCCCUGUGGGGGGCUGACGGCCAGCAGGUCCCUGAAUCUGCGCUGGGUGCUCAGUUCCCUCUGCAUGCUGCCGAUGGUGGAGACAGUAUCCGGGGCCAGGGGCCCUUUUCCACGGGCCCUCAUUAGCCCCCAGUUUUCAGCCACAGGUGUGAACCAGACCCCCAUGGUAGAUUGUCGUGACGUGUGUGGCCUGAAUGUCUCAGACCGCUGUGCCUUCAUCAGGACCAACCCUGACUGCCGCAGCGAAGGGGGCUACCUGGACUACCUCGAAGGCAUCUUCUGCCACUUCCACCCCAGCCUCCUCCCUCUGGCUAUCACCCUCUAUGCUCUCUGGCUGCUUUACCUGUUUCUGAUUCUGGGAGUCACAGCGGAGAAGUUUUUCUGCCCUAACUUGUCAGCCAUUUCCACCAUGCUCAAGCUUUCCCACAAUGUGGCUGGCGUCACCUUCCUGGCCUUUGGGAAUGGUGCACCUGAUAUCUUCAGCGCUCUGGUGGCUUUCUCGGACCCACGCACAGCUGGCCUGGCCUUUGGGGCCCUGUUUGGUGCAGGCGUGCUGGUUACCACUGUAGUGGCCGGUGGCAUCUCCAUCCUGCACCCCUUCACGGCUGCCUCCAGGCCCUUCCUCAGAGACAUUGUUUUCUACAUGGUGGCCGUGUAUCUGACCUUCACCGCGCUCUACCUUGGCAGGGUCACGCUGGCAUGGGCCUUGGGUUACCUAGGCUUGUAUGUGUUCUAUGUUGCCACUGUGGUUCUCUGCACCUGGAUCUACCGAUGGCAGCGGAGGAGAUCCCUGGUCUACUCCAUGCCAGGUACUCCAGAAGUGCUCUCAGAUUCCGAGGAGGAUCCGAUGUCUUCUAAUACUAACAGCUACGACUACAGUGAAGAGUACCGGCCACUGAUCUUCUACCAGGAGACCACAGCUCACAUCCUGGCCCAGGCCCUCAACCCCCUGGAUUAUAGAAAGUGGAGGAACAAGUCAGCAUACUGGAAGGCCCUCAAGGUGUUCAAGCUACCUGUGGAGUUCCUGCUGCUUCUCACUGUCCCCGUCGUGGACCCUGACAAAGAUGAUGGGAACUGGAAACGGCCCCUCAACUGCCUGCACCUUGUGAUCAGCCCCCUGAUGUUGGUUCUGACCUUGCAGUCAGGGGCCUAUGGCAUCUACGAGAUAGGGGGCCUCUUUCCUGUCUGGGCUGUGGUGGUGAUCGCGGGCACUGCCUUGGCAGCAGUGACCUUUUUUGCCACAUCCAACAGCAAGCCACCGAGGCUUCACUGGAUCUUUGCCUUCCUGGGCUUCCUGACCAGCGCUCUGUGGAUCAACACAGCCGCCACAGAGGUGGUGAACAUCUUGCGGUCCCUGGGCGUGGUCUUCCAGCUGAGCAACACAGUGCUGGGGCUCACGCUGCUGGCCUGGGGGAACAGCAUUGGAGAUGUCUUCUCAGAUUUCAUGCUGGCCCGCCAGGGUUACCCACGGAUGGCAUUCUCAGCCUGUUUCGGUGGCAUCAUCUUGAAUGUCCUGGUGGGAGUGGGCCUGGGCUGCCUUCUGCAGAUCUCCAGGGGCCACCCGGAGGUGAAGCUAGAGCCAGACGGACUGUUGGUGUGGGUCUUGGCCAGCGCCCUGGGCCUCAGCCUCGUCUGUUCCCUGGUCUCCGUCCCACUGCAGUGCUUCCAGCUGAACAAAGUCUAUGGCUGCUGCCUGCUCCUCUUCUAUUUGAACUUCCUGGUUGUGGCCCUGCUCACUGAAUUUGGGGUGAUUCGUUUGAAAAGUGAGUGAAGCCGUGUGUCGGGGUGCGCCUGGCGGUCAGGGAUGUCACUGCAGGAGUUGAGAUGGAAGAAGGAAGAUGGAAGGCUUUCUGCAGGGCCUGCAGGGCACACCUGGCAGGGAGGGAGGCAGCUGUGUGCAUGAAGGAUGGUUAAGCCUUGUUUGGGGACUUUGGAGACUGGGCUUGCUGUGGACAGUUCCAGACAGAAGGUUGAGACUUUCUUGGGUGAUCUCUGGAGCCCCUCAAAGGUUGGGGUUUGGGGUGAAGGGGAUGUCUGGCUGCCUUCCAAGCUGGUGUUGGAAGGCCACCCCCCACCCAUGUUCAGGCCCAUCCCUGUAACUGUCACCUGCUGCCUUCCUGCAUCUUCUCCUCAGGGCUCAAAUGGCUGCAAAACCUGGUGUAGGGAGUCAGGGUGCCUCAGACCCAGCGGACAGAGCACCUGUGUGCUGUGGGCCGCCAGUCAGGGUGGGCUAAGCUCUAGAGCUGUACCAUCUGACAAAUAGAAUGUGAAACAUUCAAAAACUUUAAUUUUCUAGUCAUCAUGUUAAUAAAGCCAAAAUAAACAGGUGAAA